AUGUUCGCGGUCAAAGGCUGGUCCGUGGACGCAUCGUCACUGAAGCCUCAGACUGAGGUCUUCAAGUCAAAAGCAAGGGAAGAGAAGAACAGCAAGAAGCGGAAGCGCGGUCACCCACAAGAAGCGAAGCAGGAUCCCAAUAUAAGAGCCGAUGACGUUGGCCGCCUGUGGGAACAGCAUGUCGAGGGCGGAGGUCCUACGAAGAGCCAGAAGGUUAGGAAGCGCAAGAAGCAGAAGCUGGAGCAGGGGAAGGAUGAUGAGGAAGCAAAGCCAGAAGCUGGGGAGGAAGAGGUGAAGGCGCCACAAGAGGGGAAGAAGAAGAAAAAGAACAAGUCAAAGGUCGAGCAGCAGGCAGAUGAAGGAGCCAAGAGCGUACAAUCUAUCAAGCCAAAGGUCACCAAUGGUACAGCGAAGGAUGGCGACAAGAAUGGUGCUGUUGCCGAGAUCACGACUGUUCUCCCAGCAAAGGAGAAACUCACGCCUAUGCAAUCCGCCAUGCGACAGAAGCUGGUAUCAUCUCGCUUCCGCUACCUCAACCAGACACUGUAUACCGAGCCUUCGGUGAAGGCGCAGCAGCUCUUCGACCAGGACCCAGCAAUGUUCGACGACUACCACGCAGGCUUCCGCCAGCAAGUCUCGGUCUGGCCUGAGAACCCACUUGACACAUUCAUCGCCGAAGUUCGACGGAGGGCGAAGAUCAAGUCACCACGCAACCCGAACAGGCAGAAGACCAACGAUGAGCUACUUCCCAGAUCGAGAGGCACCUGCACGGUAGCAGACCUGGGCUGCGGUGAUGCCAGACUCGCAGAGACCUUGACGAAAGCGAACGAGCACACCAAGUUCCACCUCGAUCUAAAGUCAUUCGAUCUAUAUUCACCUUCGCCACAUGUGACCAAAGCCGACAUCUCCGACCUCCCACUCAAAGACGAUUCUGUGGAUGUUGCAAUUUUCUGUCUGGCUCUCAUGGGCACAAACUGGAUCUCGUUCGUUGAAGAAGCCUACCGCAUUCUGCACUGGAAAGGAGAGCUCUGGAUCGCCGAAAUCAAGUCACGCUUCGGUCGCGUCAGUAGAGCCGGCAAGCCCGUCGAGCACAGCGUAGGUAACAAGAAGAAGCAACUCGCCAUGCAAAAGGCUCGAGAAACGAAGCAGCGCGAGGAUCAAGAGGUGAAUGAGCAAGAAGUCCUGCAGACAGCAGUCGAUGGCGUUCAAACGAGCAAGCAGGAGACCGAUGUUUCCGCGUUUGUCGAUGUGCUCAAGAGACGCGGCUUCGUUCUCAAGCCACCCGCCGAACAACAUGUCGACCUCAGCAACACGAUGUUUGUCAAGAUGGAGUUUGUCAAAGCAGCGGUGCCGACGAAGGGCAAAGGCGUGCCGAAAGAACAGCCCAAGGAGCAGCCGAAGGGGGCGUUCAAUACGAAGAGGAAGUUCAUCCCGGAUGAGGAUGAGCCGGCUACGGAGGACGAGGCGACCGUGCUGAAGCCUUGUCUGUACAAGAUUAGAUGA